AUGGUGCUCCAGCGCAACUGCCCCGCUCCUGCUUCUGGUGCCGGUCGUGGUGUCGGUGCUCCUCGCGGGGGAUUUAACGGUGGAUUCCGCGGUGGAUAUGGUGGUUACCCUCGUGCCGCUACUUGCUACAAGUGUGGUGGUCCCAACCACUUCGCUCGUGACUGCCAAGCUCACGCUAUGAAGUGCUAUGCUUGCGGCAAGCUUGUAAGUGCUCUCACAUGCAUGGUCUCUUUGAUCAAGGCGGUAGCUGACACUCUGAAGGGUCACAUCUCCCGUGACUGCACCGCCCCCAACGGCGGUCCCCUGAGCUCUACUGGCAAGGUCUGCUACAAGUGCUCUCAGGCCGGCCACAUCUCUCGCGAUUGCCCUAACAACGAGGCUGCUAACCAGCAGCCUGCUGAGUCGGCUACUGCUCCUGCUGCCGCUGCCCCCGCUCCUGCCGCUGCCACUGCCGCCGCUGAGGUCAGCGCCGAAGCUGCACCUGUUCCGGCCCCUGCUCCCACCGCCGCUGUCGCUUAA